CAGUCCGUGAUGUGUUUACUUGCUUUGUCAGCGGUGUCUGCGCAGUAGAUAGCAUAUGUAUCUCACCUGCUGCUGAUCACAACCUUGGACUUUUAUCUUAAGGUGAUUUAUCACAUCCUCAGGACCCCUUAUCAGCAGUUUUCUCCUUCGCAGCAGUUUUUUUUUUUUUUUUUUUUUUUUUUUGUCCAGCCUCUUGUGGACUUUGAGCGGGGGCACAUCGGGCUCACAGGGUUUUUUUUUUUUAAGCUAACAGGCAAAGAUGACGUUAAAAUCCAAUAAAAACGAACCCGCUGUCAUACUGGAGCCUGUCAACAGUGUCCGGACAGCCCUCUCCGAUCUGUACCUGGAGCAGCUUCUUCAAAACAAACCAAAGUCUGAAAAGCAGGUAGAUAUGCAAACCUACGAAAACAAGGGGGCUGAGGUUUACACCAAUGGCAGUGCUGGACAUAUGAAUGGUACAGAGCUGACCAGGAUGAAAGAAGUAGCAUUUCAAAAAAAUCCCUCAGAGCCGAUGGGGGUCACUCUGAAACUGAACGACAAACAAAAAUGCACUGUGGCCAGAAUAUUGCACGGGGGAAUGAUCCACAGACAAGGAUCUUUACAAGAAGGCGAUGAAAUAGCUGAGAUCAACGGAAAGAGUGUGACAAACCAUACUGUAGAUCAGCUGCAAAAGAUCCUGAAAGAAACAAAUGGAGUCGUCACGAUGAAGAUUAUUCCCAACCUGCAGAGUCGAUCUCGAGCUUGUGAGAUGUACAUGAGGGCCCAGUUUGAGUAUGACCCGACUAAGGAUGAGCUGAUCCCGUGUAAAGAGGCAGGCCUGACGUUUAAAACUGGAGACAUCAUUCAGAUCAUCAAUAAGCAGGAUCCAAACUGGUGGCAAGGUAGAGUGGAGAGCAGCGCUGCAGACUUCGCCGGACUCAUACCCUCCCCAGAGCUGCAAGAAUGGAGGGUGGCAAGUAAAAGUAAGGCCAGAGAGGGAACUCCAUCCUGCAGCCCCUUUGGAAAGAAAAAGAAGUGCAAAGACAAGUACUUGGCUAAACACAGCUCCGUUUUUGAUCAGCUUGAUGUCAUUUCAUAUGAGGAGGUUGUCCGGCUCCCUGCUUUCAACAGAAAAACAUUGGUGCUGAUUGGUGCACCUGGUGUAGGAAGGAGCCAUAUCAAAAAUGCUUUAUUGACCAAAUACCCUGAGAAAUUUUGCUACCCUGCACCACAUACCACAAGACCCAAACGCAAGGAUGAGGAAGACGGACAAGAGUACUAUUUCAUCUCCAAUGAAGCCAUGACCAAGUGCAUCUCUGGGAAUGAGCUCCUGGAGUACGGCAGUUUCCAAGGAAAUAUGUUUGGUACCAAAACUGAGACCAUUCAUAAGAUCCAUGAGCAAGGCAAGAUCGCGGUGCUGGAUAUAGAGCCACAGACGUUGAAAGUAGUGCGGACUGCUGAUUUUGCACCUCUUGUGGUGUUCAUCGCUCCCACCACCACGGCUCCCCAGACGGAGUCCCUGCUGAUGAUCCAGAAAGAGUCUGAGGCCAUUUUGACCACGUACGGACACUUCUUCGAUGUGGUUCUCGUCAACAAUGACGUAGAUGAAAGUGUGAAAGGUGUGGAAGAGGCCAUGGAGAGUGCCACCUCCUCCCCUCAGUGGGUUCCAGUAUCAUGGGUGUACUGACACAUGUCUGACUCCAACAUAAUACCUUUUGUUUGCCGAAAAGCAGCGCAAUAUCACUCCUUACACAAAACCUCUCAGUUAGUGAUGUCCCAGAUGUGUAUGCGUUUACUUUUAGUAAAUGUCAUUGUCAUUGAGAUUCUUUGCACAAAUGUAACCUGUAUAUGUGUAUGUAUCUGAAAAAAAAAGCAAUAUGUAGAAAGGUUUAUUUCAGAAAGUAAAAAGCCUCACCAGGGAUGUUUCAUUUGGUUCUUUUGACAUGUGUGCUUCAGGCUUUUAGGUGAUUAUGGAAUGCUUUUGGUGCCACACACUUUUGUGGUUGUUUGAAUGUGAGAAAAUGCAAAACAGGACCACAACUGUGAAUGAAAUCCACAUUUUUAAAUGUAAGGAUUUCAUCAUGCACAACACUGAUUCUGGGUUCAUCGUUGUUUUUCUGUUCUCAUUUGACUGUGCCAUGCAUCUGAGACUCUGUUCAUGUGUGUUAUUUCCAUGGAAUGAUAAUGUCAUAUUCACAAAAACAGUCACUGGCAACCUCUAUUGUCUUGUUUUACCAAAAUUGUAUACCUCAUGGGAUACUGUAAAGGCACUUUUAAACAAAAAUUAAAUUCCCUUGCUCUGUU